AUGAUAUUUGGUCGGCAGUUCACUUUAUUAACAGACCGUAAAUUACUGCGUUUGAGUACAAGAAAGUUCCUUGUCCACACAGCUAGCCGGCUGCAACAAUCGGCAGAAGUAUUUCUGAUCUAUGAUUUCAAGACCAAGUACCAGCCUACUACUGAUGUUGGACAAGCUGACGCCUUUUCUAGACUGGUAAUUUCACAAAUGGAACGUGAAGAAGAUGCUUUAGUGACAGGAGUUGAGACGGAAACAGAAGUUCAUCCAAAGCUGAAGAAUGUAGUUGAUGGUCUACCAGUCACUUUCAAAGCUGUCAAAGAAACUACGGAAGACGACAUUAAGUUAUGGGUUACAAUGUAUAUUGAUCCAGUGAAUUAUUUAGAAAAUUUCAUUCAUUCCCUUAGUGAUAAUAAUAAUAAUAAUAAUACUGAUAAAUUGGAAUUGAAUAAAUUACUUCAAGCAUUGAAAUGUCGUCUAGAAGAUUAUCAACGAAUCUAUCAAUCUAAUCACCAUCCAUAUUCUAAUUUAUCUCAUCUAUGGUUACUAAUAACCGAUUUAAAUUUAUCUAAUAUUCAAUUAAAAUUAAUACCAAAUGAAAAUAUAUUUGGUUAUUUAUUAAAUUUAAAACGUCUAUGGUUACAUAAUAAUCAAUUAAUGAAUUUAAAUAAUUGUUUAAUUAAAUGUAAUAAAUUAAUAGAAUUAAGAUUAAAUUCAAAUCAAUUACAUAAUAUCUGUGGACAAUUAUACCAAUUACAUUGUCUUGAAAUAUUAGAUUUAUCAAAUAAUCAUUUAGAUAAUAUAAUGGAAAUCAACAAAGAAUUAUCAAGAAUGCAUUUUCUACGUGAGCUUAAUUUGCUUGGAAAUCCCGCUGUUCUACAAUCGGAUUUUAAAUCUUUACUAUUAAGUUCACAUUCAACAUUGACUGUUCUGAAUAAACAUGCAAUCUUAAGAGAUCAAUUUAAGUGGAGCAAAUUAAAAACCAAUUAUUGUCCAAAGUAUAUUCAGAAACAAUCAAGCAAAAGGAAAAGAAAUGUACCUAUUGAAGCAGAAACUGAGGAAAAACUAGUCCAAUCUCCAAUGAAUCCUGACAAAGAGAUUGAAAUAUUUGAAGAAAAUUUGAAAAAAAGAUUUCAAGCCAAAACGAUUACAGAAUUUAAAUGUUUCGACUGGUCAAUGAUACCAAAUAGUGAAAUGAAACGAUUAAAUUCAAGAACUACUGUGCCGAAAAAUAUUGUAGUUCAAUCACAAUUGUAA